AUGCUGCACAUGCUUAUUGUGGGCCGCAAAUGCGAGGAAAUGUUGGUCGCCAUCUUUCUCCAGCGAGCGCGGAUUUGCAAGCUCGAGACCGUCCGCAACCAUCUCUGCCAUCAUGUUGAUGGCGGACUCUGUCAAGCCAAGCUGGACGAGUGCUGUUCAAUACUCGUGUGCUACGAAGCGACUCUCGUCGAUUCGGCGAUUGAGCUUCUGACAGAGAGCACUCCUAUCAUGCACGACAUGCGCGAGGGCUGGGAGGUUCGAGUUCUGCCCACCAAGUAUUGUGACGAUGUGGUCUACGAGUCCCUUUAUGUCGGAUAUGUCGAGCGAUAA